CGGGGCCGAGCGGCGAAUGGCGGCGACCCGGACGCGGCAGGAGCCGGGAGCGGGUGGCGGUGCCUGCGCGAUGUGCUGAGCCCGGUGCCGGCGGCGAUGGAGGGCGGCGGAGCCCCGCGGGGGGCGCGGUGCUGAGCACGGGCUCGGCCGCGUUCUGAUCUGCUUUCUCCACUGAGCUGCGCUGUGUGGCUGGAGCGAUCGUUCAACAAUGAGUGGUGCAGCGCUGGGCCUUGAGAUAGUGUUUGUCUUUUUUCUGGCCUUAUUCCUCCUCCAUCGGUAUGGGGACUUCAAGAAACAGCAUAGGCUUGUGAUCAUAGCAACGUUGUUGGCGUGGUAUCUCUGCUUCCUCAUUGUAUUUAUACUGCCUCUGGAUGUCAGUACGACUAUUUAUAAUCGAUGCAAACUUGCUGUUAACUCCAGUCCUGCAGAAAGUAAUGGCUCUUACGUUACUAUUGCUCCAAGCAAACAAAAAUGUUUCAAACCUUGGAGUUAUAUUCCUAAUGGAAUUAUGCCAAUUUUCUGGCGUGUUGUGUAUUGGACGUCUCAGUUUCUAACAUGGAUUCUGCUACCUUUCAUGCAGUCGUAUGCAAGAUCAGGAGGGUUCUCCAUUACUGGAAAGAUUAAAACUGCGUUGAUUGAGAAUGCAAUAUAUUAUGGCACUUACUUGCUGAUUUUUGGGGCGUUUUUGAUAUAUGUGGCUGUAAAUCCAAACUUCAAUUUGCAAUGGAACCAACUUCAGACUAUUGGGAUAGCUGCUGCAAACACAUGGGGUCUCUUUCUUCUUGUGUUGCUUUUGGGUUAUGGUUUGGUGGAAAUCCCCCGUUCUCACUGGAAUGGGGCCAAGAGAGGUUAUCUACUCAUGAAGACUUAUUUCAAAGCUGCCAAACUGAUGACUGAAAAAGCAGAUGCAGAGGAGAAUUUAGAGGAUAUUAUGGAGGAAGUCCGUAAAGUAAGUGAGAGUAUCAAAUAUAACCACCCCUUGAGAAAAUGUGUUGAUACAAUACUGAAAAAGUGUCCUACUGAGUACCAGGAAAGAAUGGGUAGGAACAUGGAUGAUUAUGAAGAUUUUGAUGAAAGACAGAACAGUUAUCCAAGUGAGAAAAGUCUGGUCAAACUUCACAAGCAGGUGAUCUAUUCAGUACAGAGACACCGUCGUACACAGGUCCAGUGGCAAAUUCUUCUGGAGCAGGCGUUUUACUUCGAAGAUGUGGCAAAAAAUGAAACAAGUGCUACGCGUCAGUUUGUUCAUACCUUUCAUUCCCAGGAACCAGAGAAUAAAAUUAUUCAGUAUUUCUACACACCAACUGUUGAGUGGUACUGGGAAUGUCUUCUACGGCCAUGGUUUUACAGAGUGCUUGCCGUUGUGCUAGCUACAUUCUCUGUAAUUGUUGUGUGGUCAGAGUGCACAUUUUUCAGCACAAAACCAGUUCUAUCGCUGUUUGCAGUUUUCAUACAGCUGGCAGAAAAGACAUAUAAUUAUAUAUACAUAGAGAUGGCCUGUUUUCUUACCAUCUUUUUCCUAAGUAUCUGUGUUUACUCUACUGUCUUCAGGAUCCGUGUAUUUAACUAUUACUACUUAGCUUCACAUCAUCAGACAGAUGCAUACAGUCUCCUUUUCAGUGGCAUGUUAUUUUGCCGUCUUACUCCACCAUUGUGCUUGAACUUUUUGGGCUUGACCCAUAUGGAUGCAACAAUCUCUCACAAGAACACUCAGCCAACUGCUUAUACAUCUAUAAUGGGAUCCAUGAGAGUGCUGUCCUUCAUUGCAGAUGGAUUCUAUAUAUACUACCCAAUGCUUGUUGUCAUUCUCUGUAUCGCCACGUACUUUAGUUUAGGAACUCGUUGUUUGAAUCUUUUGGGAUUCCAGCAGUUCAUGGGGGAUAGUGAAAUGACUUCUGAUUUGAUUGAUGAAGGAAAAGAGCUAAUCAGAAGAGAGAAAAGAAAACGACAGAGGCAGGAAGAAGGUGAAAACAGAAGAAGGGAGUGGAAGGAGCGAUACGGGAAUAGAGAUGAUUCCACUAGGAAUAGAGCUGUCCACACAGACCAAAAAGAAUCCAGCUUCACAGAGACCAAUGUCAACAGACCACUAUCAAAGUACACCCGAUCAAAUGGUAGGACUGAAAGAGAUAGAAUAGAACUCCUUCAGGAUGCAGAACCUUUGGAUUUUAAUGCAGACUCUGUUAAUGAUGACCCUCUGGAAUCAGACUCAGGAAGGUACCAGCCUGGUGGAAGAUACCUAUCAAUGUCUCGAAGUAAAAUAUUUGAUGAUGUCUAAGCUCCUCAAUGCUAAAGAAAAUUCAGUGGACAUCUAGCUCCUACUCAUUGCUUGGAAAAUACUGUAUUUGUGAUACAUCGCUGAACCAUCAAAGACUGUUUCUGUUUUAAAAAAAGAAUAUGAAGGAACAACUAUUUUGGAAAUGCACAUCUAUGAUGAGUUCACCACUUAUGAUAAGAACAUACUUCUUCUAUUGUAGAUACUGUUGUGCAUCAGUGUGGGCUUUUGUGUCAUGAUGAAAAGGAGAAAACUAUUAAUUUAGUAAAUGGCAAAUGCAUAAAUAUACCUUGAACUGUAUAUAAGAUUUGAACUGCAACAGUUUAAGUUCUAGGAAGAGAUUUUCUGGAAAGAUGUUUUUUGGACUUCAGCUGGUGCUGUGAGAGCAUCAUAAUGCGUCCAAAGUGCAUUAUAUCAAUUACCAUACAAUUUUUUCUAUUUGAACUUUAGCUCAAAAUCUACUGAAUAAAAUUAAGGCUUCUUUUGCCUUCAGUAGUGUUGAAUCAGACCCAUAUAAGGAGAAAGAUUGAGUGGCAGGCUGUUCCUCAUAAAAACAUAAAAAUACCCCUUCCAGUAUUUAAAGAGUGGCUACAAAGAAGAUAAAGACUGCCUUUUUACAAGGAGUCAAAUAGAAAAGAUGUGGGGUCAUGGGUACAAGAUACUCCUGGGGAGAUUCCAGUUGGACACAACUGGAAAUUUUUACACAGUGAAAACAAUCAUCUACUGGAAUAAUCUCCCCAGAGAAGUGGUGGAUUCCCUUUAACUUUUAAGAUUUGGCUGGGCAAGGUGCUGGCUUGUCUUGUCUAGAGUGUGCUUUUGCUGAGAAAGGUUGGACCAUAGAAUCAUAGUCACAAAAUGGUUUGGGUUGGAAUGGACCUUAAAGAUCACCUAGUCCCAACACCCCCUGCCCUGGGCAGGGACACCUUCCACUAGACCAGGUUGCUCAGAGCCCCAUCCAACCUGUCCUUGAACACUUCCAGGGAUGGGGCAUCCACAGCUUCUCUGGGAAACCUCUGCCAGUGCCUCACCAUCCUCAUGGAGUUUCUUCCUAAUAUCUAAUCUAAACCUACUCUCUUUAAAGCACUUCCCCCUUAUCCUAUCACUGCAGUUUCUGAUGAAGAGUCCCUCUCCAGCUUUGUUGUAGGCCCCUUCAGAUACUGAAAACCUUCUCUUGCAACCUUGUCUUUUCCAGGCUGAACAGUCCCAGCUCUCUCAGCCUGUCCUCAUAGGGGAGCUGCUCCAGACCCCUUUUUUUUCAUGGCCUCCUCUGGACUUCCUCCAUCAGGUCAGCGUCCUCCUGUGCUGAGAGCCCCGGAGCUGGAUGCAGUGCUCCAGAUGGGGUCUCACCAGAGCGGAGCUGAGGAACAGAAUUCCCUCACCUGCUGCCCACUCUGCUUUGGAUACAGCCCAGGAUACAUUUGGCUUUCUGGGCUGUGAGUGCACAUGACCAGGUCAUGUCCAGCCUCCCAUCCACCAGCACCCUCAAGUCCUUCUCAGCAGGGCUGCUCUCAAUCACUUCUCUGCCCAGCCUGUAGGCUUGUCUGGGAUUGCCAUGACCUAGGUGUAGAGCAUUGCACUUCACUUUCUUGAGCUUCAUGAGGUUUGUACAGACCCACCUCUCAAGCCUGACCAGGUUCCUCUGGGUGGCAUCCCCACCCUCCAGGGUGUCGACUGCACUGCACAGCCUGGUGUCGACAGAUAAUCCUUGAGGUCCCUUUCAGCCUGGUAUUCUAUGAUUCUAUGAAAUUUGGUGGCAUAAAUUUUGGAGUGAUGUGUGUUGGUGAAGAAAGGCUGUAUUUUUUCUUUUCCAACAUUAUAUGCAGAUAAAUGAUUUUAGCAUGUGUAAAUAGUAGAAAUUGAAUAUGGACCAGAGUUUCACUGUCUUAGGAGCAUGUGUGCAAUAGUGAGAAUACAUUAUCGAAGAUACCAUGUCUGCUUAAGAUCUUUACAGUGUAAUGGUUCAAAAUUUUGGCACACUAUUGUUUUUGUAACUGUUAAGGAAAUACGCUAUGAAAAUUGAGUUAAAUACUGAAACAUGAUAAUUUGCACGCAUCUCAGGCACGGCUGUAGAGUAUUUCUUUAAAAGAAGGGAAAUACAUAGCAUGACUAGAUAAUGGCGAACACUUUUAAUAUCCUGAAUACCCUGGUUGCAUUAUGUAUCAGUUUUUAAGGUGCCUGUAUUUUGCAGUAAGUUGUUGCAAAAAGAAUAAUACAUAUUUGUAUGCCAUUCAAAAAUGCCAAUUAUUGACAGUGUAGAAAAGCUUCACAUUAAUUUUAUUGGUGUAGAUAUAUUUUUAAACCGUAGUUACUUGAAUGAAUUUUCAAAUGUAAUCAUAAGGUAAAAGAUGCGAUCAAAUUCAUGAUAACUUUGGUGAUUUGAGUAACUUAAAAUAUGGCUUUUUUGCAGUUUGUCUGAAGUCUUUACCACUUGGGAGUUUUCUUAUGUGCUUAUUGCAAAGUUAUGUUGAAAACUGAAAGAGAACAUGUUUCUAUCAUAUAUUCUCUAUCAUGCUUCAAAAAAAGACAUCUCUUAAAGCAGCUACAAAUGAGUUGUUCAGAAAAGUAAGUUUUCAUGAAUGACAUAAUCUACUAAUUUUUAAAAACAGUCUGUGUUUUCUCAAGUUUAUUGUUAAUGGGGAUCUAACUCUACCUCCUGUGAUUUAGUACGUGUUCUAACAGUAGUGAUAUUUGUAAUAUAUUUAUCUGCCUGUUUUAAAACACUGUAUUGUUACUAUGAAGAAGGAAAAAAAAAUCUCUAUUUGUAUAGAAAUAAUUAUAUUAAUAAAUUGGCAGACAGACAAUAA